CCCGGCGCAUCACCCUCAGACACGAGGCCCCAUGGCCGCCUCAGCCCUCAACCACUCCUGGCCAGCUCUGUCCAAGCGCUGGCUAAAGUGCUGGGCCUUCAAGCGAGGUUCUGAGUCCAAGCCAUGUGUCCAGCCCUUUGAUUCUGGAGCUGCAGCCUUGGCCGCCAAGAGGAGCUGCGGACCCUGGACACCUGAGGACCCAGGUUUCUUCACCAUGCAGGACGAGCAGGAGGACGGUUUUGCAGAGCAGCUCAGUGAGAGCACAGAGGACCUCAGCCUGGAUCUGGGGGCCCUGGAGGGCAGCGAGUAUCUCCAGGACCUGGGCCUAGGGGGCCCUCCCCUGAGCCCGCCUGGAGGGGCCUCGGGCAGCAGCACCCCAAAGGCGGAAGCGGAGAGAGACUCACCCUUCUCGAGCUCGGCGGGGGCCCAGACCCUGGUGCGGAGACGCAGCUGGGAGAGGUCACGGAGCUGCUCGGAGAGCUGGCAGAGGCUCGGCUGUGACCCCCCGCCUGGGGAUGAGAGCCCCUGCCUCACUCGGACGCUGGCCAGUCUCGCGCUCAACCUGUCGGAAGAAGGGCUGAAGACCUGGACCCAAGGGUGUCUGUCCGGGGUCGGGACUGCAGCGGAGCAGUCGGACACGGACAGCGGUAGCCCUGAGAAGAGAGGGAGGUCCAGGUCGGCACCCCUGGCCUGCGAGGAGAUCGGCUCCCUGGAACUCGCUCUGCACUCGGAAGCAGCUCCUGCAAGAGGCCUCGAACCCCCAGAGCUGGAGAACCUAGAGAAGGAUCAUGUGGAGCCCGACCACGUGCUGAUCGUCCAGCAAGUGCUUCAGGAGCUGCGCCUGUACCAUGGGGCCCGGCAGAGGGCUCGCCUGGCCGCCAGCCCCGGAGCCGCCCCCGCCAGCCUCACCUGGUUCGAGUUCCUGUCCGAGAGCGAGGACGGCGCCCCCAAGAGCGAGAAGAUUGUCAAGAGCACCCGGGUGAAACGGAGUCUGAGCUCCCUCCGCAGCCGGGUCACCAGGCAGAAGGAGAAGGGCAAGAGCCCAGCACAGCUGAAAGACAAGGCCCAGGACUUCAGGGACAGGUGGGAGUGUGUCCACGGGCACCAGCUGGCGCGGGGGACCUUCGCCGGCCACUCCAGCUGCCCGCUGUGCAGCAAGCCCUGCCUGAGCCCGGCCUCGAUGAAGGAGCCCCCGCUGCGGGGCACCCUCCUGUCCGAUGGCAGCCCGGCCCCGACCAGGACUGCGGUCGGCAUGACAGUCGCACAGAAAGGGGGUCCCCAGCCAACGCCCAGCCCUGCCGGCGCCGGCACCGGAACCGGGGUGCGACUCGGACCACUCACAGGAGAGAUGGAUGAAGCCGACUCUGCGUUUUUAAAAUUCAAGCAGGCGGCCGAGGACGCGCUGCCCCCCACGCCCUCCAUCGCCGAGCCCGUCUUCGUGGAAGACCCCUACACGGCCUCGCUGAGGAGCGAGAUCGAAUCGGAUGCGCAUGAGUUUGAGGCCGAGUCCUGGAGCCUGGCGGUGGACCCGGCCUACGCCAAGAAGCAGAAGAGGGAGGUGGUGAAGAGGCAGGACGUGCUCUACGAGCUGAUGCAGACGGAGGCGCACCACGUGCGCACGCUGAAGAUCAUGCUGAAGGUGUACUCCAGGGCAUUGCAGGAGGAGCUGCAGUUCAGCGGCAAGGCCGUCAGCCGCCUCUUCCCGUGCGUGGAUGACCUGCUGGACAUGCACAGCCACUUCCUGGCCCGCCUCAAGGAGCGCCGCCAGGAGGCCCUGGAGGAGGGCAGCGAGCGGAACUAUGUCAUCCAGAAGAUCGGGGACCUCCUGGUCCAGCAGUUUUCAGGCGAAAACGGGGAGAGAAUGAAAGAGAAAUACGGUGUGUUUUGCAGCGGCCAUAACGAAGCAGUCAGUCAUUAUAAGUUGCUGCUGCAGCAAAACAAGAAAUUCCAAAACUUGAUCAAGAAAAUUGGCAACUUUUCCAUCGUGAGGCGGCUGGGCGUGCAGGAGUGUAUUCUUCUCGUCACUCAGCGCAUCACCAAGUACCCGGUGCUGGUGGAGCGCGUCAUCCAGAACACGGAAGCUGGCACCGAGGACUAUGAAGACCUGACCCAGGCCCUGGACCUCAUCCGGGACGUCAUCUCCCAAGUGGACGCCAAGGUCAGCGAGUGGGAGAAGGGCCAGCGCCUCAGGGAGAUCGCAGGCAAAAUGGACCUGAAGUCCUCCAGCAAGCUCAAGAACGGGCUCUCCUUCCGCAAGGAGGACAUGCUGCAGCGGCAGCUCCACCUGGAGGGCACACUGUGCUGGAAGACCACAUCGGGGCGCUUGAAAGCAGAUGUCCUCGCCGUGCUGCUGACUGACGUGCUGCUGCUACUGCAGGAAAAGGAUCAGAAAUACGUCUUUGCUUCUGUGGACUCCAAGCCGCCUGUCAUCUCCCUGCAAAAGCUCAUUGUGCGGGAAGUGGCCAACGAGGAGAAGGCCAUGUUUCUGAUCAGCGCCUCCCUGCAAGGGCCCGAGAUGUACGAGAUCUACACCAGCUCCAAGGAGGACCGGAACGCCUGGAUGGCCCACAUCCGCCGUGCCGUGGAGAGCUGCCCCGACGAGGAGGAGGGGCCCUUCAGCGAGGCCGAGGAGGAGCGGAAGAUGGUCGAAGCCCGAGCCUUGAAACUCAAGGACUUCCAAGUGCGCCUGAGCCUGAGGGACCAGCUGAUCGCGCAGAGCCUCCUGGAGAAGCAGCAGAUCUACCUGGAGAUGGCCGAGAUGAGCGGGCUCGAGGACCCUGGCCCGGCGCGCGGCCUGUUCCGUGGGGGCGAGCUCGCGGAGACCCUGCAGGGCGGACACAUCCUCAGGUCCGCGGUGAGCGAGAUCGAGGGCAUCCAUGGCCUGAUCUGCAGGCGGCUGGGCAGCAUCGCCUGCCAGGCGGAAGAAGGAGGCAGCUCCGCGGGCCUGCCCCGAAGGGCUGAGACCUUCGGGGGCUACGACAGCACUGGCAGCCCCGGCAAGAACGGCAGUGCUAAGAAGGCCUGCAGCAGCGACCCCAGGCCCCGUGACUGGCGGGGCCCGGCCCCCAGCGUCCUGGACUCGAAGCUCAGGGAGGACGACAGCCUGGCGGGCGGCGAGGAAUCUGCACAGGCGGUGGAGGCGCCCGGUGUGGAGACAGGCCCUCGACUGCCCACCAUCCUGGAGUCGGAGCUUGUCCAGCGGAUCCAGACCCUAGCCCAGCUGCUGCUCAGCCUCCAGGCGGUCAUCGCCCAGCAGGACAGCCUGGUGGAAAUGCAGCGGGCCGCCAUCCAGGAGCGCGAGAAGCAGUUCCGGCUGCAGUCUUCGCGCGGGAACCUGCUGCUGGAGCAGGAGCGGCAGCGCAACUUCGAGAAGCAGCGCGAGGAGCGGGCGGGCGUGGAGAAGCUGCAGAGCCAGCUGCGGCAGGAGCAGCAGCGCUGGGAGCGCGAGUGCGCCCGGCAGCGGCAGGAGCUGGAGCUCGCGGGCGCGCGGCUGCAGGAGCGCGAGGGGCAGCUGCGCGAGCGGCUGGAGCAGGAGCGCGCCGAGCUGGAGCGCCAGCGCCAGGCCUACCAACACGACCUGGAGCGGCUGCGCGAGGCGCAGCGUGCCGUGGAGCGCGAACGCGAGCGCCUAGAGCUCCUGCGCAGGCUCAAGAAGCAGAACACGGCUCCUGGGGCGCUGCCGCCCGAGGCGCUGGCGGAGGCCCAGCCCGCAAGUCACCCUCCCAGCUUCAACGGCGAAGGGCUGGAGGGGCCCUCGGCGCACGCCAAGGCCCCAGGCACCCGCAUGACCCUGCUGCUGUCUGGCACCGGGCUGGAGUUUGCGGAGCGCCCUGAGGUGGCCCGCAGGGACAGCGCCCCGGCCGAGAGCCGGCCUGCCAAGAGCGAGGUGCCCAUCCAGCUGCUCAGCGCCACCAACCAGAUCCAGAGGCAGGCGGCCGUGCAGCAGCAGAUCCCCACCAAGCUGGCUGCCUCCACCAAGGGCGGCAAGGACAAGGGCGGCAAGAGCCGGGGCUCCCAGCGCUGGGAGAGCUCAGGCUCUUUCGACCUGAAGCAGCAGCUGCUGCUCAACAAGUUCAUAGGCAAGGAUGAGAGCGCCUCAAAGAACCGCCGCUCGGUGAGCCCCAUCCUGCCGGGCAGCCACAGCGCCACGCCCGCCCCGGACCCCGGUUUCCCAGCCCCAAGCCCGGCGCCAGCGGACGUCUCCCCCGAGGCCCUCGCCUUCCCGCCUGCGGCCCCGUGCCCCUCGCCGCUGCCGGCCACACCGCUGCCCACCAAGGAGGAGGCCAGCAAGGAGGACGUCAUCUUCUUCUGAGGGCCGCGGCCUCGGUGCGGGCCCCUCCCGGCCUUGCCCGCCCAGCUGUCCCCUCCCCUGCCCAUGCACACCCCCGGCGGCCACCCGGCUGGGUCAGCCUGUUGGUGCUUUGGGUCUCGGCUCUUUCUGUAGGAUUAGCGGUGGCACCUGGGUAAUUUCUUCAACCUCUUUAUAUAGAAGUUUUUCGUGGCAGGUUGAACCCCAGCUAAAUCCAGGAGCUAUUUUAAGCCGUAGGGUAGGUGAGAGACGGACUCCCAGCUGGUUUUCCCCAGCAGCAAAGAUGGGGCUGGGGGGUCCCCGUGGGGUUGGGGGACAGGCCAGAGCUCGGUCAGAGGAGCUGCAGCCCCAGCUGGGCUGCCCCACCGAGAGUCCACAGGGGCCAGUACCUUGGGCUGCGGUGGUCCAGAGGCAGGCCGGACCUUUGUACAACAGAGACCCCUGCUGGCCUCAGAGAAGCUGGCAGCCUUGGGGGUAGAGAGGCCGUGCGGGGAGCACCGGGGGUGACCCUGGGUACCCAGGCCGGCGCUGUGGGCUCGGAAGCUCACUUUGAAAGGCUGAGCAGCAGCGCUCCUGCUUGCUUGAUGGAGGCUGCGACUCCGCUGUCCUGCCCACGUGGGGUGGGAGCCCCAAGCCUCGGGCUUUAGCGAGGGUAGCUUAUACCCCAGGGGGGUCCUCGGCCCUCCAGGCUGCUCGGAGGAAGCCCCCAGGGCUAUCCCAUCUACCACAUCCAAGGACACGAGGAGGAAGCGCCCGGAGAUGCUGCCAGCCGCGGGCGAAUGGCCCUCGUGCUGGCACCCCGUCUUCAAGAGUUGUGGCUGGGGAGAGCACAUUUCAAGCCUCUUCCCGACCCUGGCUGCCUGAACCGAGGUGGUGGCAGCUGGGCCAGACCCCAGGCUGGCUGUUCUUGCUCCUAGGGGGGUGGCACUGGGGUGCCAGCCACCGCCAGGUCGUUCUCCCACGCCCAGCAGGGGACUCGCUGUCUGACGUGCAAGCGGGGAUGUUCCCGGCACGGGGCAGGGGCUGUCAGGCGCUGUCACGUUGAGUGUACAGUGCGGCCCUGUUGGCCGUCGGCGAGGCCAGUGUGCACCUCGGGCCCAGGAGGCGUCCGGGCGGGCACAGGCGCUGACGGCGCAGGAAGUCACACGCCAUCCCCACCUCGCCAUCGUCCCUGGGCUCCUGCUCUGACAGCCUGGAGGCGUCCCGACGCCUCGGUCCUGUCUGUUGGCCCUGUCCUGUGUCCCCACACCCCCCAGGUCCCGUCUGUGCCAUGUUCUAAUCAGUGUUGUGUAUUUUGUACUGCGAUGUUCGGAGCACUUUAGAAAAGCUGACUGAGUUCUGCUCUGUUGUGGAGCGGAAAUUCCUGGUCCCACCCCCACCUCAGUGCUCUGGUCCCCCAGGAGUGUUUGGAUCUGGGGUGGGGGGCUCCCCAGUCACUCCCGGUAGAGCCCGAUUUUGUCCGCAAAGCUGGCGGCUGAGCUCUGUUCGGCGGGAUUUGUCCGUGUCACUGGUGUCUGCUAUGACCGUGACCUUAGCCCACCUGACGUUAUUUCUAGUGAUUACAUUUCCUCACUGUGGGAUACUUCGGGAACACCUAGAACUUCGGAUCGGAUCCUAGCAAUAAAAGUGUCCAAGAUGA